AAAUAAUCAUUCUAUUUGGAAGAUACUUUCGGUAAUUUCACAUUUCGAUUGCCGCUUUCAUUAUAAGAAUAGUGUUGCUAUUAAAUUUAUUGGAUUAACUUGUUAAUAAAUCCCUCAAAGUGUUUAAUUCAACCAAAUAAGAUGAUGAAAUUUUUAUUUGUGAUUGUUUUUCUCGUCGGUGCGAGUGUACAAGACAAUAUCAACGGUACUGAUGGCAGUGAAUAUCUUUACAAUGCCAUUAAAUCAGGCAGAGUAGAUGUAGUCACAUUUCUAAUCGAUAAUGGUGCAAAUGUGAAUUCGUUUGAACAUCAUCCAUGCACACCACUCCAAUUGGCUGUUGCUAAAGGCAAUACAGAGAUAUUCAAAAUUCUCAUCGAAAAAGGAGCUGAUAUGAAUUAUAUCAAUCGUGGAGCCCAUGUAAAUUAUAUGGACAAGCAUUAUAAUACAACUUUACUUCAUAUAGCAACAAUGUUCGAUAAUUUGGAAAUAUGCAAAAUCCUAAUCGCAAAUGGAACAAACGUGAAUGCUGAAGACUUCGAAAAGCUUACACCACUCCAUACUGCCGCUCUCUACGGUUCAAAUGACACGGUUGAUUAUUUAAUUGCAAAUGGAGCAAAUAUAACUGCUGGAGCUGAAGUAUUGUUCCCACCUUCACAUUUGGCUGCCUGGAUUGGCAAUUUGAACACUUGUAAAAGUCUAAUUGCACAUGGAGUGGACGUUAAUGCAAAAGGCGACGGGAAUUCUACAAUUUUACAUUUCGCAACUUUUAUUGGCAAUAAGGAAGUAAUUGAAUAUCUGAUCACACAAGGAGCUAAUGUAAAUGCUAUAGCUAGCGAUAUGUCGACGCCUCUUCAUAUAGCUUACUAUGCAGGCAAUGAAGAAGUGCAAAGGGUAUUGAUUGAUAGUGGAGCAGAUCAAAAUGCAAAAGACAAAAAUAAUAAAAUACCACGUGAAAUGGAUACUGAGGAAGGAAAAGAGAAGAAAACCGAAAUGAUUGCAUUUUUAAAUGAAAAGAAGAGAAUGUUCGAAAACUUAUAGGAAAUACAACGAAGAAUUUAUUGAUUGACCAUGGCGCUGAUGUGAAUACUAAAAACAUUGAUGAUAAGAUACCGAGUGAAAUUAGUACUAUUAGUGCUUCAUUUAAUCUGAAAAGGACGUUUUGCAAUAAAAAAUUGUUUAAUUUCGAUUUCUAGAUAAAGACUCCGAUUUUCUGCUAAAUUGUUAACUUCUCUGCCAUAUUUAAUAUGAAUCCUAACAUGCAAAUGUAUGAAGGAAUAAGAAACCAAUAUCUUUAAAAUAAAAUAAUUUUCUUUUGUUAUUUUUUGUAA